AUGCCGAAUUUCGAGAAUCCAUUCCCGCAGACCACGCAUUUGCCAGUCGUGAAGCUUCUCUUGACUACACAUCACUUCAUCAAAUGGGAAGGACAGUCCCAGUGUUCAAAUAUGUGUAAAUCUCUGAAAGUUCCACAAAAAAAAUUGACUGGACGCCUUGAGCUCAUGCCAGAAGCUCAACGAUGCAAGUUCAUCAAUUUGCCCAUCUUUGCUGAUACACUGAACUCCUCACAUCCAUCCAAAGCCGAUUACUCGAGAACCUUCCACUGCUUGGGGAUUUACAAGUAUACUGGCUACCCAGCGAGGCAAACAUUUACGGUUGCUGACGAAACAGCUCCAGAGGCAGAAGCCGAUCUGUUCCUCAAACACUGCAGCCAGGGAGGAAAACAAAUCGACCAGAAGAGACCUCCAACCCAACUUUUCAACAAUUCGGAUCGUCAAGUGCGAAAAAAUUGGAAAUCUCUCCCGUUUCCCAAUUGA